AAUAAUUUGAAUUUUUUCUCUCUCUUUCUCUAACACACACAUGCAAUGACACACUCACCAAAACAACUUUGAACUAUGACAGCUCUUCCCGGUCCCAAAAUGGUGUCCUUGUUCCAUCUCCUUCUCUAACACACUUUCAUCUUUUUUAUUAAGUUUUAGAUAAAAUUCAGAUACAUACAUAGACUCAUUGCAUUGGUGCAAGCAAGAACAAGCACAAAAGAUACACAAGUAACAUAAUUCAAUAAUAGAUUUUUAGUUAUAGUCUUAUAGCUAUGUCUAGUCAUUGGGGUAUUAUAGUUUCAGAUCCAUGGCUUCAAAACCAGUUUACACAAGUUGAGCUUCGCAGCUUAAAAUCACAAUUCAUGAUCAUGAGGAGAGAGAGUGGGAAGCUUACCAUUGGAGACUUGUCUUCAAAGAUGUCAAGAUUGAAAGUUGUAGGAGAAAAUCUUAGUGAAGAAGAGAGAGAUUCUUAUAUCAAUGAUUUGUAUCAGAAAUCAGAUGAAGAUGUUGAUUUUGAAUUGUUUCUCAAGGUAUACUUGAAACUGCAAACUUUUGCAAGUUCUAGAACAGGAAGCAAUAAUGCAAAAAACACAUCAGCAUUCCUCAAGGUUGCCACUACAACAUUGCUUCACACAAUAAGCGAAUCCGAGAAGGCGUCGUAUGUUACACAUAUAAAUAACUAUCUUGCAGAAGAUGAAUUCCUCAAGAAAUACCUUCCUCUUGAUCCUUCAACCAACGAUCUCUUCGAAAUCGCAAAAGACGGUGUUCUUCUUUGUAAACUUAUUAAUGUGGCAGUUCCGACAACUAUCGAUGAACGCGCAAUCAAUACAAAAAGAUUACUUAACCCUUGGGAAAGAAAUGAAAAUCACACACUUUGCCUCAACUCUGCUAAAGCAAUUGGAUGUACCGUAGUCAACAUUGGCACUCAAGACUUAAUUGAAGGAAGGCGUCAUUUGGUGCUUGGUUUGAUUUCACAGAUUAUUAAGAUACAAUUAUUGGCGAAUCUGAACCUAAAGAAAACUCCUCAACUUUUGGAACUGGUUGGUUGGGAUAGUAAGGAUAUGGAAGAGUUGAUGAGUCUACCGCCAGAAAAAAUCUUGUUGAGAUGGAUGAAUUUCCAUUUGAAGAAAACAGAAUAUAAGAAGAUUGUCGCAAAUUUCUCCUCCGAUGUUAAGGAUGCAGAAGCUUAUGCACACCUUCUAAAUGUUCUUGCAUCUGAAUACACUAAUCCAUCGACAUUGGCUGUGAAAAAUCCGUUUGAAAGAGCAAAACUAGUUCUUGAACAUGCUGAAAAGAUGGGUUGCAAGAGAUACUUAACUGCAAGAGAUAUAGUGGAAGGUUCACCAAAUCUUAACCUUGCUUUUGUUGCGCAUAUUUUCCAAAUCAGAAAUGGACUUUCAGCUCUAGCAAAACAAAGUUCUCUCCUUGACUCAUUGCUAGAUGAUACUCAAGACUCGAGAGAAGAGAGAGUUUUUCGUCUUUGGAUUAAUAGUCUUGGAAAUUCAACAUAUAUCAACAAUGUGUUUGAGGAUGUCCGGAACGGGUGGGUACUUUUAGAGACUCUUGACAAAGUGUCACCUGGGAUUGUUAAUUGGAAGAUUGCAAACAAGCCUCCCAUAAAGAUGCCAUUUAAAAAAGUAGAGAAUUGUAACCAAGUUGUGAAAAUUGGAAAACAACUUAAGUUUUCCUUGGUAAAUAUUGCUGGAAAUGACAUUGUGCAAGGAUAUAAAAAAUUAAUACUAGCAUAUUUGUGGCAAUUGAUGAGAUGCAAUAUCCUACAACUUCUAAAGAACUUGAGAUUUCACUCUCAUGGGAAGGAAAUAACUGAUUCUGAUAUUCUGCAAUGGGCAAACACCAAAGUCAAAAGCUCAGGAAGCCAAAGCCAUAUAUAUAGUUUCAAGGAUAAAAGUUUAUCAGAUGGAAUAUUUUUUCUGGAGCUCCUCAGUUCUGUACAACCUAGAGCUGUGAAUUGGGGUCUUGUGACAAAAGGAGUAACUGAUGAGGAGAAAAUGAUGAAUGCUACCUACAUUAUCAGUAUUGCAAGAAAACUUGGUUGCUCAAUAUUCUUGCUUCCUGAAGACAUCACUGAGGUAAAUCAGAAGAUGAUCCUAACACUAACAGCAAGUAUAAUGUAUUGGUUCUUAAAACACCCUGCUGUUGUUGAAGAAAGGACAAGUUCAGAUUGUGAGAGUCAAGUUGAGACCAUAUCAAAUUCAACACUUGAUGAUUCUGCUUCUGAUUUUUCAGCAGAAGAUAACAUGUAAAUAAUAUGAAUAUAUAUUUGACUUAUGAAAAAGUUUUGUUAUGAUCCAA